CUGCAAUGUGGUUUAAAAGUAUAAACUUUCAUUAGUGAAUUUCUUCAGUUCUAGAUUGAUUGUUUUAAACGGGUAUGUAAGCUGGUAUAUCACAAUUUAAUUCUUAUUUGUAACUUGAACCUUACGAGUUUCAAAAUCUUUAUUAGGCAAUUCAAAGGUUUUAGUCACUAAAACAACUCGUUGCCGCUAAUUUUAAGUUGAUUUAAGAAGAUUAGUACAUGAAAAAUCUGAAAAUUCUAAUUUAAGGUCAUCAUAGGCUUUGUUUUUUUUUUCUUAAUGUAAUAAGCCAUAAAUAGAUUAACGAAUCAAAUUUGUUAUAGACCAGACAGCCUUGAUCUACCGUUAAGAGAUUUAUGACCUUAGAAGUUAUCUUUCCAACCAGCCUUUCUGUGACUUGAGUAGAAGGGAGACAAAACCUAAUUUUGAUGAAAUCUCUAAAACAAAGCACCAAUGUCGGAGCAUCUUCCUCCUCCUCAAAGGAGGGCUUCUUCCGGAUUUGGUGAUCCCGCAUUGGUAUUCCCUGAGUUUGCUUCAAAGCAACGCGGCCUCGAGAAAGUUCAAGAAGAAGAAGGAGAAGGAGAAGAUAGCAGCUACGGCGGGAAAGGCUCUUUUGACCUGAGCUCCAGGUUCUCGAGCCCUUCCGUCUCUCGAAACGGGUUCGAAACACCCAAGAAGACUUCAUCUCUGAAGCUGCCUGGGUUCAGAGAGGAAGAAGAGACGGACCGAAGUACAAACUCGGGUUCCUUUGUGGAUCGCGAGGAGAAGAGAAAGUGCCCUGGAUGUUUCAGAAAAUGCUGUGCAUGCACGUGCAUGUUUCUUUCCAUCGUUCUUAUAAUCUUGUUGUUGACAGGGCUGUCUGUGAACUCUUCGGUGAAAGCUAGUCUACCUCAGGUUUCUGUAACAAACCUCAGGUUCUCGAGAUUAGAUUUCGCCAAUUCAACAACGGAUCUUUUGAUGAAUGCGAACAUGAAGACGGUUCUUGAGCUGUCUAACAAGAACGACAAGUUGUUGUAUUACAGCCCCAUGAAAGCUGCUGUCUCUUCUGAGAACAUAAACCUCGGACAGAAGAAGCUUGGUGGGUUCAUGCAAAGCCCUGGAAACGUUACUUAUUUGAGUAUUCCCACCAGGCUUAGAAAAGCGAAGGUCUAUGAUGUUGAUGCUACGUUGCUGAGAAACAAAGAGAAGAAGCUUGAAGCUGUGGUUAAUGUGCGUUUGAGUGGGAAACUGGGUUUUGAUUGGUUGGGAUUUAGGAUUCGUUUACCAACUGUUAUUGCUUGUGAAGAUGUGAAACAGAGUGGUGUGAUCAAUGGACUCAAGCCCACGUGUGAUGUUCGAAUCUUUUGGCAAUGAAAAUCGAUUAAUACACAAGACCCUUUGUUCUUUUUUUUUGGUUUCUAAUUUUCCUUGUUGUAGAUGGAAUAACAUAGAAAAAAAGUAACUAAUUUUUAGUUUCUCUAAAAUUAACAUAAAAUUCACAAACGUAUUUACAUUUAUUUUGGCAUUACGCAUUUAAAUUUUCAUAGUUUAUGUUUUACUUCAGAUUAUGGGUAUCUUUCCACAAUCUAACGUAGGUUGUAAAUAUUUUUUG